AUGCGGCACAAACAGCCCAAACCUCAAAAGAUCAGGCGUACUAAUAGGAAUUAUUCACCAGAUGCACUUGUCCAAGCAUACCAGGAAUGCAUAGAGAAUAACAUGCCAGUUAAAACGGCAGCUCGGUUAUUUAAUGUGCCACGCACUACUCUCAGAGACAGGUUAAAUGGAAAAGUGCAUCCUGAUACUGUGACCACUGGGAAACCCCCUUUGUUCUCAUUAAUGGAGGAAGCCAAGCUUGUUAAUCACAUUAAAACAAUGGCAAAUUAUGGGUACGGUUACACACGCCAGGAAUGUGUGAAUUUGGCAUUCGAUCUUGCAGUACAACUUGGUAAGCGACGUAAAGAUGAAUCAUUGUCACUAAAGUGGAUACGGGGGUUUCUCAACCGAUGGCCAGAACUGCGAGUUCUAAAACCUAGAAAUUUAGAAUAUUCUAGAGCAAGAAUGGCAUCAGACAACAAGCCUCAUCUUAUCUAUAAUUUGGAUGAGAAGGGAAUAACUACAGAGCAUAAACCACCCCACAUAGUUGGAAGUUCUUCACACUGCCCCCCAGCUGUGACAUCUGGCCGCGGAAAGACUGUGACUGUUCUAGGAUGUAUCAGUGCAAGUGGUGCUUCCAUACCACCAUUUUUUGUUUUUCCAGGGAAACGAAUGAACCCAAAGCUUCUUGAAGGAAAAUCCCCGGGAGCAGAUGCAAUGGUCAGUGAAUCUGGCUGGUCCAACCAAGCUAUUUUCAGAUAUUAUUUAAUGAAUCAUUUUGUGAAGUUCAUUCCUGGGCGCGAAAACCAAAAAGUGCUGUUGAUUUUAGACGGCCAUAAGUCACAUGUUUCUUUGGGUAUCUGUGAGUGGGCUAAGGAGAAUGGAAUCAUAUUCUUCUAUCUUCCCCCACAUACAAGCCACAUUCUUCAACCCCUUUAUGUUUCUUGCUACGGUCCUUUCGAACGUAUCUUCAAUUCAGAAUGUCACAAGCUGAUGCGGCAGACGGAAGCCACUCUGACCCUCUACAAUGUAUGUGAGGUAGCAUGCCGUGUAUAUACAAAGGCCUUAUCUUCAGAAAAUGCUCAGUCUGCAUUCAAACGUACUGGUAUUUUUCCAUUGGACAAAGAUGCCAUUCCAGCUGAAUCGCUUAUACCAGCAGAAGUAUACAAGCCCAAUGACGUCCAAGAGGCAGAUGAAAAUGACAGCCAGGCCACUGUAGAAGGGGGCAUUGAAGUUGAUGUUAGUGCUGAGGUGCAGGACAAGUCUGUUGAUCCCUUUGAAUUAUUUGCUAGGAAGGAAUCUCAGCUAAUAAACAUAAAAUGUGAAAAGGAGAAAAAAACAAGAAAAACUAUGAGUAAGAUUGUGGCAGGAAAGCAAGUAACUGAUGAAGUUAUAAGCAGGAUGAAGGAACAUGAAAGUAAAGGAAAUGGCUCAAAGAGAAAGCAGUCAGGAAAGACCCAAUGUAAUGACAAAAAGAAGAAAUUAAAAACAAAAGAAGUGUCACCUGCUAUGGAACAUCAACCUGGACCAUCACACAUUAACUUACUGCCCGACACCCCCAGCUGUGACAGUGACUCUGAUGAUGAACAGUCACUGUGCUGUGUAUGUGAAAAGUUCACGCCUACUGAGCUAUCUAAAAGUGUCUCUCUGGUGUUUGCAAAGUGGGCACAGUGUGAUGGGAUGAGAAAUGACCUUCCAUGCAUGCAUUGGGUUCAUUUAAUCUAUUGUACUCCUGUCAGAGUGAUUAGGAAGGGUGACAAAUUUUUAUGUCCCCACUGUGAUAAGGAGGAAUAA